GCGUACGUGCAGCAACCGUCUCCGCCUAACGAGGCGGAGCUUAGGGAAGCGGCGGGCGGCCGGUGGCGGUCCGGGAGCUGCUGCUGCUUCUGCGGCGGCUGCACCGGCGGCGCCGAGGCCGAGACGGAGGCCGGGGUGCGGGCUUAGCGAACGUGCCGGGUCCUUGCGGCUCGGCUGCGCCAGCCCUUGCGGCUACCUGAGCGUCUCGGCGGGUCUGUGAGCCGCCUCGGCGAGGAUGCGGCUGUUCCGGUGGCUGCUGAAGCAGCCGGUGCCCAAGCAGAUCGAGCGCUACUCGCGCUUUUCGCCGUCGCCGCUCUCCAUCAAACAGUUCCUGGACUUCGGGAGAGAUAAUGCAUGUGAGAAAACUUCAUACAUGUUUCUACGAAAGGAACUUCCCGUGCGACUGGCUAACACGAUGAGAGAAGUUAAUCUUCUGCCGGAUAAUUUACUUAACCGCCCUUCAGUUGGAUUGGUUCAGAGCUGGUACAUGCAGAGUUUUCUUGAACUUUUGGAAUAUGAAAAUAAGAGUCCUGAGGAUCCAAAGGUCUUGAAUAACUUUCUACAAGUUCUGAUUAAAGUCAGAAAUAGACACAAUGACGUGGUUCCUACAAUGGCACAAGGAGUGAUUGAAUACAAGGAGAAGUUUGGGUUUGAUCCUUUUACUAGCACUAACAUCCAGUAUUUUCUGGAUCGGUUUUAUACCAACCGCAUCUCUUUCCGCAUGCUUAUUAACCAGCACACACUUCUGUUUGGCGGUGACACAAAUCCUGCUCAUCCUAAACACAUAGGAAGUAUCGAUCCCACCUGUAACGUAGCGGAUGUCGUGAAAGAUGCGUAUGAAACAGCCAAGAUGCUGUGUGAACAGUAUUACCUGGUAGCUCCAGAGCUGGAAGUUGAAGAAUUCAAUGCCAAAGCACCAGACAAACCUAUUCAGGUGGUUUAUGUGCCCUCACAUCUGUUUCAUAUGCUAUUUGAGUUGUUCAAGAACUCAAUGAGGGCAACAGUCGAACUCUAUCAAGAUAAAAAAGAGGCCUACCCUGCUGUUAAAACCCUCGUUACUUUGGGUAAAGAAGACUUAUCCAUUAAGAUCAGUGACCUAGGUGGUGGUGUUCCACUUCGAAAAAUAGAUCGUCUUUUUAACUACAUGUAUUCGACUGCUCCUAGACCCAGCCUGGAGCCUACCAGAGCUGCCCCAUUGGCUGGAUUUGGUUAUGGUUUGCCAAUUUCCCGUCUAUAUGCUAGAUAUUUUCAAGGAGAUCUGAAACUGUAUUCCAUGGAAGGAGUGGGUACUGAUGCUGUCAUUUAUUUGAAGGCUCUUUCAAGUGAGUCAUUUGAGAGACUUCCAGUUUUUAAUAAGUCUGCAUGGCGCCAUUACAAGACCACUCCUGAAGCUGACGAUUGGAGCAAUCCCAGCAGUGAACCCAGGGAUGCUUCAAAAUACAAAGCAAAACAGGACAAUUAAAUUUCCUUCAAGUUACCAACUUUCCAGGGACAAGAUCAAAACUAAUAGAACUUUCUAGAGGAUUGAAUGAUCUGGUCCUCUUUGUGAAGAAACAUUGUCUUCUGCAAGUCAACCAGAGAGAACUGCUUUCUUCCACCUGCUGAGCGUGGCAUCAUAGUUAUUCCUAGUGCUUGAGUGUGUAUCUUCUCUGUACCACCUGGACUUUUUUCAUGGAGCUUUUCCUGUAACUACUCCAGAUCUUCCACUAAAGUUGUAACUUGUUUAUGGCAUCUUGCUGUCGUGUGAUUGACGCCUGUCACCAAAGAGCACGGAGCCUCCUUACAGCUCUUGUGCCCUCGUAUUCUCCAUCUUACUAUCGUAGCGUCUGAUGUCUUCAGUCCCUCCAGGAUUCUAUGCGCCUUCCCCAUUGCAGAUACAACAGAUCAUACUGUUGUUCCUUGUGACCAAAUACCAUAUUUGUCCCAAACCUCUACCUAGGGCCCCGGGACCCUGGAAGUGGAAGACAUCAGCUGGAGAAGCCCUGAUGAUUUUGUCCCAGGGCCUUUUGUUCUCCCAUGCCUCCCUCUGCCACUCUGUGAUUUAGACUUUUGCCUUCUUUCAUCUUAUUGGAUUCUCAUUGUGAGGUGUGGUGAUCUUCCUCAUUGAUGCCUUGAUUUUAUUUUAAAAUUCAUUUGUAUGCUUCUGUUGAUUAAAGCAUUCCAAAUGUUGUCUUA